AUGAAGUCAAAUCUAGAUCUCGUUCAUAAUACGGAUACAUUCCCCUACCCCCCUUAUGCUACCGGAUCCUCUACACUGUUUGAUGUGCCAAACGGCAUUUAUACCUUUGUUUGGAGGGAUGCAAACGGUAUUUACCCAGUCGGAUACGUGCUUGAUCGCGUCGUGGCAGAGUUGGCAACCGUGCCUGAUGAUGUGAGGGGUGUAAUGGAAGUCAACCACAUCAAGAAGACGCUAUCACUUUUUCAAUUACCCUCAGAGCCCGAGCGUACGGCAAUGGCAGCAAGUCUAUCUGCGCAUUGGCGAGAUCACCGGACUUUCAAGCUGCUCAGGGGUUGGCGAGGGGAGCUCUGGCCCGUCUAUGGGCGAAAUGGCGAACUCCUUUUCAGCAUGGAGCGCGCUGCUAUUGGCUUACUCGGAACUAUGAGAUAUGGAGUUCACUUGACCGCAUAUGUGGUUGAACCUUCUGCACCACAUGGUAUGCUAAUAUGGGUCCCAAAGCGGGCAGCAAACAAAUCAACAUUUCCUGGGAUGCUUGAUAACACUGUUGCUGGCGGGCUAAUGACAGGCGAGACGCCUUUUGAGUGCAUCAUUCGUGAGGCGGAUGAAGAAGCCAGUCUCAUAGAAGACGUGGUUCGUCCGAAUGCAGAAGAAGUCGGCACGGUUACGUACAUAUACGUCACCGAUGAAAAGAACUUUGGUCAAGCUGAUUUUAUUUAUCCGGAGUGCCAGUGGGUAUAUGACCUGAAACUACCUGCGAGGGUAAUCCCGCAACCAAAGGACGGCGAAGUCGAAGAAUUCAAGCUCUGCGACGUAAACCAAGUCAAGAGGGACCUGGCCUGUGGCAAGUUCAAGGACAACUGCGCCGUAGUCAUGCUGGACUUCUUUAUUCGCCAUGGCAUCCUGAUGGAAGACGAGGAGCCACACCUAAGUACCAUCCGGUCACGAAUGCAUCGUAAACUGCCCUUCCCAGGGCCACAUCAAGAAGGGUGGCCAAGAACGUGA